AUGUCCGAAGAAGAGAGGCAAUCCGACGAAUUUAGGACCUCCGAAGUUGACGAGAAAGAUGAGGGCACAUUCUAUGUAACUCAAAUGUUACCAGUUGAUUCCGGAGAAGACGCGGGAGAAUCCAAAAUUUCAGAUCUAGUCUCCCCCGAAGACGAGACCACGGAAGAAGGCGACGAUGACCUGUAUUCUUACCAGAUCCAACCAACGGCUGCGAUUAAACGGACCGUGAUUGAGGAGACGGCUACAAGAAUAUUAGGUAAAUAUUUAACGGACAAGGAAUAUUCCUCGUUGGAUCCGAAACAUGUGGCUAUUAGAAUUGCUGCAAAUAUUAGAGAAAACGUUCGAAAGAUGGGAUAUGAACGGUACAGAAUCGUUUGCGAAGUGUCGAUUGGUGAAAAGUGUGACCAAGACGUUGCUAUGACUUUUUUGUGCUUGUGGAAACAUGAAUUUGAUCACUAUGUUACAGUUACUUUCGACGGCGAAGAUUUUUUUGCAACAGCUCUAAUUUUCUUUAUAUAUCAGCAAUAAUGGUUCUUCUGCGCUUCAUUUAUCCUCGCUUUUG